CCUUUGACCCAAGUGGAUUACGCUUUUUGCUACGUGGAUAAAAAAUUGCUGCCAAAGUUACGGCUAUUGCCUUAUUAUUUCCGAAGAUCUUCGACCAAAAACAACCAAAACAAAUCAUGCCGAGCAAACAGAGAAUGAGACUAGCGAAUGAGAAGGCAUCGAAAAAUGUGGAGAAAAGAGGAAAUGUUCCAAAAUCAUCGAAACCUUCAGACGACAAAUACCCAGUUGCUCCAUGGUUAUUGGGACUCUUCAUCUUUGUGGUUUGUGGAUCAGCCAUUUUCCAGAUUAUUCAGUCGAUAAGAAUGCAAUAGACGGACCGAGCCUUCAUCUUAAAACUCAACCAUAGCGACUACAGAAUCCCUACACUCCGCAAAAAAAAAACUCUGUAUAUAAACGAUGAUGAAUAAAAGACACUACUACAUGUACGUACGUUUUGACUGCAUUAUCUAAAAUUAUUGCUGGGAGGUCACUCGCAGUUAUAGGCGGGUCUAUACCUCUCUCUCUCCAUCCUCUUGAGGGCGCCAUUUGAACUGUUUGGAGAGCUUUUGCAUUAACACAGAAUGACGGCUUACACCCAUCAUGGCCUUCGUCGACAGAUAACAAAGAUGGACAGCCGUCGUGUUUAUUAUUUUGUUUCUUUCUUUCUUUCGUUAAAUGGAUUGAUACAUUCCAUUCAUCUCAAGUCCCUAGGCUUCAUUGACUUGCUCAAGUCUUCCCACUCCGUGGCAUAAAUGCUGGUCGAUAAAUCUGAACUAAAUCUGACGCUUCUGGACCUCAUUGUAAAUCACAAAUGAUUUUUUGUGUCCGGGAGUUAUCAAUUGAAAGCUGUUUAAAAUCAUCAAAACUGAAUCAUAGUCAUCUACAUGUUCAUUGGUCAUGCCAAAAGUAAACUUCACUGGGCAGCGUAGGCCAGCAUUACGUUAAUCUAAUGAUGCAAAAAUAUUUCCUUCUUGUGAUGUCAGAAUAAUCAAAAUGAAUAAUAAAAUGAAUAUAUGUAACUAACUAUUGAAUCCAGGUUCAUUUUACUUUUCAUAUAAUCUUUUGAUUUGGACAGUUCAAUUUGAUUCAGGGCAUAAUACAAUUGUGUAAUUGCUUACCGCAGUAUUCUGUGCUUGCCGAACCCUGUAGUGCAGGGCCCACUUGCAUAUACAUAGCUGUUAAGCAGAAAAUGCUGCUUAGCAAAUUUCCAGUUCAAGUUGCAACAUUGUAAACUUAAUUCAUAUAAGGCCUUAUCGUCUGAUAAUGUGGUGGAAUAUUGGAUGUGCUGAAGAUUUUGAAACUUUUGUUCUCAAACAUGGCUACAUUUGAGAUGAAAAGAUUUCUAGGGAUAAUUGGUUGUAAAAUGAAUUAUGUUUGUAUAAAAAAGCAGUGGAUAUUCUGCAAUCCGGGAAUCACAAGCAAAACUGUCCAAGAUUAUUUUAUUCAAUUCAUGCACACAACUGGCAUAAAUUUCCUUGACAACAAAUCAACAUCUUUUUCUGUUAAGUUCUGCAGUUGGUCAGAAGAACCAUACAUUGAUGUUGCAUCUUCAAAUUCUAUUAAAAUGUGCUAACUGUACUGUAAACAUGCCAAAAAUUACCUGCUUGUUACAACCAUUAAUCAUUUGGCUAUUUUUGUUCUGAGCAACUUGUCAUCCAUAUGUUUAAAAUAUCUUUGGAAGAGAAACAUCUAUGAGUGUUAACAAUCAAGGAUGUACCGUCCAAUUAUGGAUGCACAACGCCUAGAACUUAAAAUGAAUAAAAUGCAAAUAUUAAUCUAAACUGGCAUAACGUUUAGGAGAUAGGAGAUUAAUGAUUGGUUAUCCUGAGCACUAUUUGGAUUUGAAAAAAACUUCUAGAAAGUGUUAAUUCAAGGACAAGAUUAUAUGACAUCAGAUGCCAUUUCAAUUCCAUAGAAAUGCUAAGCAAAUGUUAAUGCUCAACAUAGCCGGUCACCAGUCACAUUACUCCACUGGUAUUUGGCUGGUAACCUGUAUCUGCUGAGCACUAGUGUUGACCACUGCUUACCAGGUCUGUGAAAUUGUGCACAUGUUAUUGCCUUCAAAAUUUUGCCACAAUUUUCGGUGUUUCUUUUGUUUUGAAAUUUGCUUCGAAAUUAUUAUUUUUGUUGUUGAUUGGUUGACAUGUUAUUUGAUUCUCUUAAUUUAUCAUUUGUGACUUUUGUUGGUUAUGUUAAAGUAUUAUUGUACGUGUAAGUCCUUUACUGUGGAAUUAUGUAAAUUGCAUUUCGCGCGUGCGUACUAUAAUUCUUUGUACAGCAAAAAUGAGAGAACAUCGCACUUUAUUUGUAUGGUCUGACGUAGGCAUGACGCACACACGUUUGUGCGUCAUCAAGUGCAUAAUUCUAUACUUGAAUUUGCCCACCAAAUCUGUCUGUACGCAUGUGUGAUUGUAAUUAGCAUCCUUUUGUUAAUGGGAAGGACUAAUUUUUGGAUUUCUUUUUUUUCAAACGAACAGUUACAAUCUUUGCAUUUCUGGUAAAACUUUAUUAUGAACUUAUUUAAAUGCGCCCUCUUUAAUGACACAUGUUGUGACAAUUUGAGUGUAUAAGAUUUCCAGAUUUGUACAUAAAAUUUAAAUUCAAAUUAUGGCCUAUUUUCAUGGUAAAAAAGUACGACCCAAGAUCCUUGGACAUAAUUUACUCGCAAUUUAUCAAGAAGGACAUUACAUCAAUUUUUGUUUCCCACAAUGUACGCGACCAAAACGAGACUAGAAGCAAACUUAGUCUGGUACCUUUGAAGUGCCAUACUGUGUUAUACUAAACAAAAGAAAAGUGUGGAGCCUAAACAAAGACUAUGGUCGUGGAGUGAUAUCGCAUGUACUUUAAACAUUUUUGUUUUUCCCCCGAUUCAAAAUAAAAACCAUGAAUUUGCCUGAAA